AUGCAUCCACAAUUAGAUAAGAAUAGAUUCAAUACAUGUGAGAAAUUAAUGGAUGCUUUAGAACAGUGUCAUAGACAAGAAUUUUUAAAACAAUGUUUAGGUGUUUGUAAUUUUGAAAAAGAACAAUUGGUACAAUGUUUACAUUAUCAAAGAGUUGAAGAUUCAAAAAUUAAAAUUUUACAAAAUAGAUUAAGACAAAAAGCUUGGGAAGAUCAUAAAAAACAAAUAGAAGAAGAAACCUAUGGGAAAAAUGGAUAUCUUAAAAAAGUAUUAGAACUUGAAUCCAAGAAGUGA